CCAAAAAGGGAAAACAUGCAUGGAAAAAGAUAUUCCUCUUCAUCAAGUUUAAUGAAUAAUCACAACAAUCAGCAUCACAUACAGAAUCAUCAAAAACAACCACCUUCCAGGUCAAAGAAUCAACAACAUCACUCUUCUUCUUAUUCCGAGGUGUUGUGGCCGAGAAUAGUUAUUCGCAAAUGGCUGAAUCGCACCUCCAAACAUUCCGAAUACAACGCCGAUCCUCCCGACGACGACGAUGACGACCUUGACAGUACCUUUGACUCUUCUGACCCUGAUGAACAAGAAGAAGACGAAGAAGAAGCCGCCUCCGCCUCCUCCCGCAAGUGGCCAAAAGAAUUAGGCUUUGUGGAUCUUAAACAGCCAGAUGAUCAUUUCUUCACUGAUUCCAAUGGAGCUUUUCCCAGGUCACGACGACGAAAGUCAGAGACAUGUAGAGCACAAUACAUUGACGCAAAAGAACUCAAAGUAUCUGUUAACACAUGGAAUGUUGGAGGGAAAAUCCCACCAGAAGAUUUGAAUAUUGAAGAUUGGAUCGAUGUUGACAAUCCUGCUGACGUAUAUGUAAUUGGUUUUCAGGAGGUCAUACCAUUAAAUGCUGGAAAUAUUUUUGGCGCUGAAGAUAAUCGUCCGGUCCCAUUAUGGGAAAAUGUCAUUCGUGGGACCCUAAAUAAAGUUCAGCAUGAAACGAAUAAAUUCAAGUGCUACAGUAACCCUUCUUCUCCAUCCAGGUUUGAACCACCUGUUGAUGCUCUGGAUAUAGAAGAUGAAGUAGUGUUAGAAACUGAAAGUGAGGGUGAAGAGGAAGUCCACCCGUUCAAUGACGAAUCUAACUUCGAUGAGCUCAUGGAUGGUCCGGCAAUGAAAAAUGGGGAUUUGGGUACCCAGUUGAGUAUGAUAGAUCAUGGGGACUCAGAAAGACGAUUAUCCUUUCAAAAGUCUAUGGACAGAGUAAAUUGCUUUUCAAUAGAAGAAAAUGUUAAAGUAUCAGCUCCGGAUAAUAGUAAAAAGUUGACCAGAAUACUUAGUGGAACUGAAAGGAUGGGCUUAUGCUGGCCCGAACCACCACUAGAUCUGCUGGCUCAGUGUGCGACAGAUAGACCAAAUCCCUUAAAAACUGUGAAAUCAUUCAAAGCUUCUAAAUCCUUUAGAACAUACGCUUCUUUCAAGUCAUAUAUAAAUGUUGACAAUCGAGUUAUCCCAGAGGAGGCUUUCCUAGCUGAUCUGGACCUGGAUUCAACCAUGUACCGGAAGAGGAGAUCCCCAUAUGUAAGAAUAGUAAGCAAGCAAAUGGUUGGCAUAUUUAUCACUGUAUGGGUGCGUAGACGUUUGAGGAAGCAUAUCCAAAAUGUGCACGUUUCAGCUGUUGGUGUUGGUGUAAUGGGAUACAUAGGUAACAAGGGAUCCAUAUCUGUGAGCAUGUCAAUAUAUCAGACACUCUUCUGUUUUAUCUGCAGUCACUUGACUUCCGGUGAAAGGGAGGCUGAUGCAGUUAAAAGAAACGCAGAUGUUCGUGAAAUACAUAAAAGAACACGUUUUAGCUCAGUUUCGAAGUCUGCACUCCCCAAAAGGAUAGAAAACCAUGAUCGAAUUAUCUGGUUGGGCGAUCUUAAUUAUCGUCUCAAUUUGUCAUAUGAGAAGACACGUGACUUGAUUUACAAGAAUGACUGGCCGAGGUUGUUAGAGUGUGAUCAGCUCAUUCGUGAGCUAAGAAAAGGCCGUGCAUUUGAUGGAUGGUCAGAAGGCGUCUUAGAUUUUCCACCGACUUACAAAUACGAGCAAAACUCAGAAAAAUACAUCGGGGAGCAUCCAAAAGUUGGAAGGCGAACUCCAGCAUGGUGUGAUCGGAUACUUUCAUUUGGGAAAGGAAUAAAGCAGCUGAGCUAUAGAAGGGCUGAACUUAAGCUCUCUGAUCAUCGGCCAGUGACUGCAACAUAUAUGAUAGAGGUUGAAGUUUUUUCGCCAAAGAAGUUACAAAAGGCCCUCACAUUUACUAAUGCAGAGAUUGAGAAUGAUGCUAUCAUUGCAGAAAUGGAACUAGACGGUGGAAUAAACUGCUUAAGAUUAUCUGAGGAUACAUAUUGGUAAGCAAGGCACAUGAACAAGGUAAACUAUGCUGUUGAGUUGAAUUUAUAAACUCAGGUCUAUUCUCUUUGGCUCGGUAUCAUAUAUUACAUUUGAUCCGGUUCAUUGAUUGAUCCCGAGGAUACAUUGUGCGGUGAUUUUUCUGUGUAAGUUAUGUGAUUUGUACAGAUGUACUCAAAAUUAGUUAGAAAAGGAAAGUUAUCUUGAAAAAGUAUAGAAAAUGUUAUUUGCACUCUAUAUAUUUUAUAAAUGAGCUUGUGGGGGCCAGAGAAAGAGGCUUUUUUAGGUUUCUCUUUAUUUUUGAAGUGCAGAUAACAUUUUCCACUUGUAAUUUGUUAUUGUAGUGUGGAAGUUGGGUCAUACAGGGCUUGUUGGUGAUAAAUGAUUUGAACAUGUUUGAUUGUAAAACAUAUAAUGCAUGGUGAAAUUAUGAGUUCAUUUUGGCUCUA